UCCCCCACAGGGAUGAUGGCUCGUCCUCGUAUGGUAGUAUAUAAGGCUUGUGCCAGAAGACCGUACAAGGGCUCUCACCCAAAGAGGGCAUUACAUGGACCCAUCCAUACUCAUAUGGAUGAGUCUUCAAAAGAUGAUCUGGGGUGUAACUUUGUGGCACAACCAUGCAGGGACAUGACAUUGCCUUCUUUGCCCAAAGUGCAGCGGGACCCUCUGCUGCAGGUGGUGUCCCUGCAGAAGGCUUCAGGCUGCUGGGAGUUAGAACCAGCUCUGGCCCAAGCCCUGAGCAAGACCAGCCAAGACCUGGAGAGCAAACUGCCUGCAAUGGCAAAGAAAGAAGUGUGGGCCACCAUUUUGGCUCUGGUCUGGCUUCAUGGUCUGAAAGCUGAUGCUAAGGACGAGUGGGAGCUGUUGGUCAUGAAGGCUGUGAUGUGGCUGCGCUCACAGAACGCUCAAGGCCUGACUGAGUGUGUGGAAGCCGCCAAUGCUCUUCUGGGGUGCACUGUUCAGAAAGAUGCCCUGGGACUCUAGAUCUAUUUUGUUUAUUAAACUGCUCAUUGAAAGGAAAAUGCAAAAUGGAGGUGUUCUGCAGUUGUGCCUU